AUGAGGAAAUUGGGAGGGAUUGCUUGGAAUUCAAAGAAGAUGAAAACGAAGAAGAAGAGAUCGGAAACCGGGGGCGGGGCCCGUGGUCUCGCGGUGUGCUUAAAACAUACAAGAAAAUUUAAAGGAAAAAAAAAAAGAAAGAAAGAAAUGGGUUCUUAUGAUGUACCUGAAGGAGUGGACAUUAAAGGGAGAUAUGAUGAAGAGUUUGCAAGGAUUUUAACAAAGGAGGCCUUGCAGUUUGUGGCAGAGUUGCAAAGGGAGUUUAGAGGCAGGAUUAAGUAUGCUUUGGAGUGUAGAAAAGAGUCUCAGAAAAAGUAUAACUUGGAAGAGAUACCUGGGUUUGAUCCAGCCACUAAGAAUAUAAGGGAUGGUGAUUGGGUUUGUGCUGGUGUGCCGCCGGCGGUUGCUGAUCGAACGGUGGAGAUUACAGGGCCGGUUGAGAGGAAGAUGAUUAUCAAUGCUCUUAACUCUGGAGCUAAAGUUUUCAUGGCUGAUUUUGAGGAUGCACUAUCACCAAACUGGGAGAACUUGAUGAGAGGCCAUGUAAAUCUUAGAGAUGCAGUGAAUGGAACUAUAAGUUAUGAAGACAAGAUCAGGAAGAGGAUGUACAAGCUUAAUGAGAAGCCGGCGGUGUUAUUCGUCCGGCCAAGAGGCUGGCACUUGCCGGAGUUUCAUAUUCUCAUCGACGGUGAGCCAGCUACCGGCUGCCUCCUCGACUUCGGCCUCUACUUCUUUCACAACCACAACAUGUUCCGUGCCACCCAAGGCGCCGGUUCCGGCCCUUUCUUUUAUCUUCCAAAGAUGGAACACUCAAGGGAGGCAAAGAUAUGGAAUUGUGUGUUUGAGAGAGCAGAGAAUGUGGCAGGAAUAGAGAAAGGGAGCAUAAGAGCAACAGUGUUAAUUGAAACUUUGCCUGCAGUGUUUCAGAUGGAUGAGAUACUAUAUGAGCUAAAGGAUCAUUCUGUGGGACUUAAUUGUGGGAGAUGGGACUAUAUCUUCAGUUAUGUCAAGACAUUUCAGGCUCAUCCUGAUCGGCUUCUCCCCGACCGAGUCCUCGUCGGAAUGAACCAACAUUUCAUGAAGAGCUACUCAGAGAAGCUCAUCUACACUUGCCACCGUCGCCGUGUCCAUGCGAUGGGCGGCAUGGCUGCGCAAAUUCCGAUCAAGGAUGAUAAGGUGGCAAAUGAGGCCGCGAUGGAGCUGGUGCGGAAGGACAAACUGCGAGAGGUGCGAGCAGGGCACGACGGCACCUGGGCAGCGCACCCGGGUCUUAUUCCUGAUAUCCUGCAAGUAUUCACUAGUAAUAUGACUAGUAAACCGAAUCAGAUAUAUAGUAUGAAGCGAGAGGAUGCUGCGAGUAUCACCGAAGAGGACCUUCUUCAAAGGCCCAGAGGAGUGAGGACACUCGAAGGACUCCGGCUAAACACUAGGGUCGGCAUUCAAUACCUUGCCGCCUGGCUCUCCGGCACUGGUUCGGUCCCGCUCUACAACCUCAUGGAAGAUGCAGCAACAGCUGAGAUCAGUAGGGUCCAAAACUGGCAAUGGCUAAAACACAGAGCUGUUUUGGAUGGCGACGGUGUGAAGGUGAAGGUGACACUGGAACUCUUCGGCCGGGUGGUCGAAGAGGAGAUGGCAAGGAUUGAAAAAGAGGUUGGACCGGAGAAGUUCAACAAUGGCCUCUACAAAAAGGCCAGCAAGAUCUUCACCAAACAAUGCACAUCACCUGAAUUGGAUGAUUUCCUCACACUGGAUGCUUACAAUAACAUUGUUGUUCAUCACCCCAGAUCACCCUCCAGACUCUGAAGACAAUCAAGUGUUGUGCUUGUUGCUGCU